AUGAUGUCCUCCCUUAACAACACCCCUACUCAACCUCCACCCAUGACCGUCACUCCGCGCUCUGAAAGCGAGCUGGAGUCUGCCAACCAAAACAGCCCCAAGAAGGCCUACAAGAUCCUCCCUGGCCAUGCUGUCUUUUUGGCGUAUCCGCUCAUCAUUUUCACGAUCACACUCCUUAUUCUCUCAAUUGUCGGAUUCUGCGAAGACAAACAAAAGCUCCGAUACCGCCACUACUAUGGGAUCACUCACGUCGCCUCAAUCCUCUGUUUUGUCGUCACUCCCUUCACCCUUUUCUACCUGCUCUUCCUCAUCUUUACCUCCUGGUUCCGGUCCAGAAUCCCCCGCUCCAUCACUGAAAUGAAGCGCCUUAUCUUCGGAUGCUUCAACUUCGCCUAUGUAGCAGCUAUGACGAUCCUAUGGGGUUUCAUCGUCGGCGAGAACGCCAAAAGGGCCAUGCGCCGAGACCUGCGCCUGAACAUUGCAAUUAUCGCCGGAAUUGAAUUGGCCUUUUUGUGCCUUCUUGGCGUCGUGUUCUUGUUCGAUAUUUGGCAAGCACACCGCGACGCUAUGAAGGAGGGGGGAAUUCGCCUCCCGACGACCAUGCCUAGCAUCGUGGUCAUGAUCAAUGGCACGCCGUACAUUGAUAUUCCGAAUUUCCAGCUUCCCCAGACGUCGCCUCGAGUUUCCGAUGUCAAAGUGAAAAUUCAGGAAUUCAACCAGAAACCCGUUGACAUCGAAGGAGGAGAGUUCCUCCCUACAAUCAACUGUAUUCUCGGCGCGAUGUCCACCUUCAAUAACACCCCUACUCAGCCUCUGCCCAUGAUCGUCCCCCCGCGCUCUGAAAGCGAGCUGGAGUCUGCCAGCCAGAAUAGCUCCAAGAAGGCCGACAAGAUCCUCCCCGACCAAGCUGCCUUUCUGGCGUAUCCGCUCACCAUUUUCACGAUAACACUCCUUAUUAUGUCGAUCGUUGGAUUCUUCGAAGACGAACGGAAUCGUCAAUACCGACAUUAUUACCCGUACUACAGCAUCACCCAUGUCGGUUCGAUCCUCUGCUUUGUCACCGCGCCCUUCACCCUGUUCUAUCUACUCGCCCUCGUCUUCGCCUCGUGGCUCCCGUCCAGAGUCCCUCGCUCCAUCAAAGACAUGAAGCGCGGUACCUUCGGAUGUGUCAAUUUCGCCUAUAUCGCAGCUUUGACCAUUCUGUGGGGCUUCAUCGUCAGCGAGAGUGGCAACGCGGUGACCCCGCGAGAUCUCCGCCUACACAUUACGAUUAUCGCCGGAAUCGAGUUGGCCUUUUUGUGUCUUCUUGCUGUCGUGUUCCUCUUCGACAUCUGGCAGGCACAUCGCGAUGCUAUGAAGGAGGGGGGGAUUCGCCUCCCGACGACUACACCUCGCAUAACGGUCGUAAUUAAUGGCACGCCGUACAUCGACAUUCCGUCUUUCCAGCUUCCUCAGUCGCCCCAAGCUUUCGACAUCAAAGCGAAAGUUCAGGACUUCGAUCAUCAAUCCAUUAACACCAAAGAGCCCCUUCCUACGUACAACGCCUAA